AUGUCGUCCGCAGCCGCCUUUUUCCAGUUCUGGUGGACAGAUCUGACCCGAGAUGCCUUUCUCGCCUGCUUGCCGAAAGAAGACCUUUUAUCCAUGCGACUGGUGUGUCAUGACUUCGCUUAUCGCACCGCCCCUGUGCUCUUCGCAGAAGUUGAUGUGGAGUUCCGAAAUGGCAUAUUUACCCGCCCAGCGCGCAUGGCCGCCCUAGAGCGCAUUGGAAGCUGUAUCAAAUCUCUUAAUUUUAAUAUACCCCAUUCGCCGGAAACUUUUCUUCCGCCGUUAUUAGAUCCCGUUACUGGAGAGGAGCGAACCUUUGUCUACGAACCACAAGUUUACGCCUCCUGUCCCGCAGCGUCGAGACUCAGUUUCCCAAGAUAUGGGACCUGGGAAAUGACGGAACUGUUAACGAGGCAGUACCCGCCAUUAUUCCACGCGGUGACGAAUGUGCCAUCGUUCAUCCGCGCCUUCAAUGCCAUGACUUCACUCCGGCACCUAAAGGUGUCCUGCAAUGGCCAAGGGGCUGGACACCGCUACCGCCGUAGCGUAGUCGACUAUGCCCUCAUAUCACUUCGAAUCGCAAUUGAACAAGCACCGUUAAAGUCUCUCGACACGCUCUCCCUCCUCCCAAUCCACCCAGGAGCACUCCUUUACCUCCGCCCAAACAUGGGCUUCGGCGCAUCACCUUCAUCUCGUAAACGCUGGGCGCAAAUCCGCAAGCUCUCCAUUGAAAUGGACAGUUUCCCGUACGACACUGACAACGUCACCGCCACCACCACCACCACCUCCCCUAUCAACACCACUCCCACCUCGACACGCACCAGCAGCAGCGGUAGCAGCAACAGUUUCAAGAAAACUAACCGCCCCAAAGACCAUUUAAAACUUCUACACUCCUACCUUCAAUCCUUCCCCACCCUUACCCACAUCACCUUCCGCUGGCGCGGUACCCAGGGCCCCUGCCCCCUCUCCCUCUCCACAGAGCCAUGCCUCCAACCAACCGCCACCGAACCGGCGUCAACCCUCUGUCCCAAACGCUGCCCCGCGCCGCUCCAGCCGCUCAGUUUCCCCCACCUGCUCUACGCAGAGAUAGAGAACGCCCUGCUGGACGCCGCGCAGGUCUCCGCCUUCAUCCUCGAGCACAGGCAGACGCUGGGCGAGUUUUACUUUGAGAAUACCUCGCUGCGCGAUGGGGGGACGUGGGAUGAGGCGCUUGCGCCGUUGACGGAGAUUUCGGGGAGUGAGAGGUGGAAGGGGAAGGGCAAGGGCAAGGGCAAGGGGAUGCGGAAGCGGAAGAAACAGCAGCAGACGCAGAGGGAGAGGGAGAGGCAGAGGGAGGGGCAGGGUGAGGAGGGGGUGGCGGAGGAGAUGGAUGUGCCAAUUAUGUUUAGUCCGGUAGGGAUGGGGCGGAGCCAGGUGUUGAAGGUGCUGUGGGAGGAGGAGAGGAGGAAAGACCGGCUGAAGAAUUUUCGGGCGUACGGGGCUGCUGGUGCUGCUGGUGCUGCUGGUGCUGCUGGUGCUGUUGAUGAUGGCGGUGGAGGAGGGGGGUGGAAGAGUAAAAGUCAUUUGCAGCGGGCGAGCUCGCGGACGAGGGAUUUGUUGUGGUGCAGGCAGGAUCAUGUGAAGAGGUUUUUGAGGACGUCGGUGUUUAGCUGGCGGUAG